UUUGCCGUGAACCGAGCCCCAGAAAAGUGUCGAGGAAGUGUGGAGCAGUAUCAGUAGCCGUAUCAGAGUCAGAGUCAGAAUCAGAAUCAGAUCUCAAGUCUGAGGCACAAUCGCCACCCAAUCGAACGCAUCAAGGCAACUCAAAUUCAAAACCAAAUUCAAAAUCAAAAUCAAAUUCAAACUCCAAUUCGAAAUUUAAAGCAAAUUUUUCCAAAUUCCCCCAACGACAGUUUUGUGCUGAAAGAAAAUCUACCAAAUUCAAGCAGGACCAGGACCAGACCGUGACAAGUGAAAGGAUGUCGGACAAGCAGCAAAAGGAGCAGGAGAAGGAGCCGGAGCAGGAUUGCAAGCUGGAGGAGAAGGAGGAGGAGGAGCAGCAGGAGGAGCUGGAGCAGCAGGUGCCCGGAAGCGGCAAUGACAGCUGCGGAUCUGGACCGGAACCGGAACCGGAAGUGGAACCGGAAGUGGAAGUGCAGGUAGUCCAGGGAGUGGCAAUGGCAGUUGCAGAACCAAAACCAGAGCCAUCGGGAUCGGCAUCCGGAUCGGAAGCACCUGCUCCAACCAAUCCAAAUCCAAAUCCGGAGCUGGAGCGCGACAGGGACAGGGACUCGCACGGCGACAGAACCACUCUUAGAGAUGAGUUUGGCACGCAGCGCGUUUACAAGAAGACCUCGCCGAACUGUGUGCUGACCCUAUAUCUGCCGACCCGGGAGCUCACCCUCACCGGCAACAAUCCGUCCGUCCUGCGCGGCAUUGUCUAUGUGGACCCCAAGGCCAUCCAGGGAUAUCGCGUAUACGCCCAGCUGACGCUAACGUUCCGCUACGGCCGCGAGGACGAGGAGGUUAUGGGUCUGCGAUUCUGCAACGAGGCCAUCAUGUCUCUCCACCAGAUUUGGCCACGUCUCGAGGAGCCCACGCCGGAGUCGCUCAGUCCUCUGCAGGAAGCCCUGAUGAAGCGCCUGGGAGAUGGCGCCCACCCCUUCACCCUCUCGCUCUCCUCCUACGCCCCCCCCAGUGUCCAGUUGGUUCCGGCCAAGCGGUACUACGGAGCUCCGAUCGGCACCAGCUACGAUGUCCGCUGCUUCAUCGCGGACAAGACGGAUGAGAAGUUCCAUCGCCGGGCAUCCGUGAAGAUGGGCGUGCGGGUCAUCUAUCGCACCGACGUCUUCCACCACUUGGCCCCCGAGCAGUUUGCCGCCUACGCCGGUCGACAACAACACGGCGCCCAGUCGCCGCCGGCCAGUGCCACGCCCCCCUCCGGAGGCGAGGGCGCUGACCAGCAGACAGCACACUCACACUCACACUCACAAUCGCAAUCGCAGCCGUCGAGCGGAUCCAAGCACAAGUCCAAGUCCGAGCGGGGCGACUCCUUCCCCAAGCUCCGCCUCUCGCCAAAGUCCUUCCGAUUCAGCGGAAGAUUCGGACGCAGCAAGAGCGAGAUCGAGAAGUGCCCCAACGAUCCGUUCCACAACUACAGCAAGUCCUUCCAGGAGCACUGCGACAGCAUGUUGCCGCCGCACACUGGCGCCGGGGUGACCGGGGGGAUCGGGGGCGUGAGCGUGGGCCCCUGCGGAGGUCCCCAAGGAUCCGUGGACAAGCCCUUCCUGCUGCACGACGGACGGGUCGGCUUGAGGGCCAGCUUGGACAAGGGCUGGUACACCCACGGCGAGGACGUCAAUGUGACCGUCAAUAUUCGCAACGACAGCCGCAAGACGGUCCGCAAAGUCCGGGUCUGCGCCAUCCAGCACGUGGACGUGUGCAUGUUCAACAACGGCAAGUUCAAGAACGUGGUGGCCGACUCGGACAACUUGAUCCCGGCGGUGGACCGCACGGUGGCCGCCGGAGCCUCGCUGAACACCACGGUGGUGCUGCGUCCGCAGCGCGGUCCCACCAAGAACUGGAUCGCCCUGGAGGACACUUUGCAGCGGAGCACCGAGCCGGAUGAGAUCACCGGCGCCAUCGCAGCCUCGGCCAUCCGCUCGCCGCACUUCGUCAUGCAGAACGCCCAGCUGCUGGGCGGCCAUCCGCUGGGCAGUCCGGCCCUGAUCACCCCCCACCCGCACCUCUGGCAGCCGGGAUCUGGCCAGGGCCAGGGCCAGGGCCAGUGCGGCAAUGGACAGAACUCCGGCGGCGGUGAGGAGCGCAACGUGUUCGCCAUCUACGUGUCCUACUACGUCAAGGUGAAGCUCACCCUCAGCGGUAUGGGCGGGGAGCUGUCCCUGAAGCUGCCCUUCGUCCUGGUCCACGUGGACGAGACCCAGCGGCCGGGCUUUGCCUCUGCCACUCUCGGCGAACUGCGCCUGGAGAUGGAGCGCCUGGCCCUGCAGGAUGCCCCCGUCGGCAAGAGGAAUGGAAGGCGGCAGGCGCGAGAGAUGGGCGAUGGACCCUCCACCAGUGCCGCCGCCGCCGCCGCCGCUGGUGCCCAAACAUCCGGACAGCUGGACGUGAUCGAGAGCCUGGACGAUGAGUUCAACAUCCGGGUGCCGGUGCCGAGGAACGACUCCCACAAGCGGCGGCUGCAGCGCAGCGAGACCCUGGCCCGCGAUCUGGAGGAGCAGGAGGAGCAGGCGCCGCUGCCGGAGGAGGAGGAGCACAUCGUGCAGAUCCAUCUGCAGCGGGUCUCGCCGGACGGCGACGAAGUGCAGCAGGAUCAGGAGCAGGGGCAGCAGGAGCAGGUGGGCCACGCCCCUGGAGCCCAGACCGGAGCAGUGCCCAAGUCGUCGAAUGUGUGAUUCUGAUUGUGGUCCCAGAUGUUUGCCAAGCGCAAGAGAAAGCAGUAGGAGCUGCUUGGAGAAGAGGUAUUGGGACGUCCAUGGACAUCCCCAAUCCAAUUGCGAUUUUACAGGAUGGCCUACCAUUAAUCUUGGCCAACUAGUUUUGUGCCAAAAGCAAAACAAGUAUUUGACCUAAAUAUAAGGGCAAAUUUC